GCUUUCAAACCAGUUGGUGGAAAACCGUUGAAAACCUGGGAGCACUGGAGAACUUUCCCAUCCUGGUUAACGAUUCCUCAGCAAUUCACACACAGGACCCAUCGAGAGGUCGAUUAGAGAACCGUCAGAUUUCGUGGUAAACACUUUUCGGUUCAGCCACUGGGUUGUCAUCCAAUGGUCCACUGUUUUCAACUCCUGGUAGCACUAUUUCCCCGUUUUUGAUGGUUCGCCAGUUGUCAUGGAAUCUAUCAGUCCCUAUAAGACUUGUGAUUAAAUCAUAUUGCUUUCACGCUAUACCUUGAUUUGGUAACGUGAUUUGUAGCGAAUUGUACCGUUACGCUAAUGAUGGGUCCCAUGUUACUAAUAACUGGUUGAUUGGGUAUUUACAUUGAUUCUGGUUUUCUGGUGCUGGAGUGGAGUGCAACUUCAGUCACUGGACCUUUGUGUGAGGUUUUAUCUUGGUUGGUGUCUCUUCCACUUUGCUCACCAAUGUUCAUAUUGUGUUCAUUCCUUUGUAUUUCUUCUUGGUUUCGUCAUUUUUCCACUGGUUUUGAUUCCAACAGCUAGAAUCAUUUUCUGCUUUGCAUUUUACUGAUUGACUGAAGUGGCUGUUGAGCACGUUUUCAUAUUUUCUAUGCUUGAUAGCUAUGUGAAGGCUUAUAAUGACUGUUUUAUGGUGACGAUGAAUAAUGUUCGUAUGUCCACUUGCGAUUUUGGCUUCUUACCUUACGUUCUGGUCACACCUUUGAUAUGCAUGUAUUUUUACUCUAAAACCUGGUCACCUUGCAUUGCCCAGAGAACGUAGUCAUACUACGUAAAAACCUUGAAAGGAAGCAAGAAUAACUAGAUUUGGAAUUUUAGCCCUUCUUGCUUUGUCCAAUUUUUUAAAUGGAUUUAAAAUAUAUAAAACACUUGGUCUGUUGAAUGUCUAAGCCUAUGUGUAUGCAUUUGUUCAGUUUAAUCGUAGGUGUUUAAGUAGUUCAUUGGUAGCUACCAAUGAAAUCUUGACUACAGAAAGUCUUUUUAGCAUUCAUUAGUAGUAUGCACUACUUUGGAGCAGUUUCACUGUGUUCUUAUGUGCAAUUGAACUGUAGAUAACAUUAUUUCGUGUGAUUAACUUUCCGAGGUAUCAUAUGUGGAAGAAAGUAUUACCUUUGUUAGCUAAUUGAUGACCUUUUUUCGUGAAUUUUUGGCACAUUUAGAAGCUCUUAUGUCUCAUCAAAAAACGAAUUUUAUUUCUCAUUUGGUGGUAAAAGUAGAUAGUGUGGAUGGAAAGCUGUUACACAAAACCUUGUCAUGAUUGCGAGAUUUAUAUUUCUUAUGCACUUUGCUUUAAUGUAGAAUAAGUAUUAAAAGGUUUUUGGGGACUAUCACUAUUUAGAAUUUGCAUUAUCUCAUUAAUUUUGCAGGAAGUUUGCAAAUAGUCCCUUUUAUAUUACAGUGAAACUGGGUUCUGUUCAGCAACGCGUUUUUGGAGGGCCCGCUUACAACGUCCAAUAUAGUUAGCUUCACAGGGGCAUGUGAAUUUGUAGAUACGCAGAGAUGUGGACAUAAGUGGUAGGCUAUCCUUCACGCAUUGUCGAAUCAGAUGGCAGAUGGAGAAUAUCAGUUUCGGUCUAGCAGAAUAGAAAGUACUAUUGAAAGACUUAUAUUGCAGUUGUUUAGGUCAGUAGUAACUUUAGUCAUUAUGUGUUAAAUCUUGAAGUUACAUACUUUUCAACAGUUAUUUGAUUUCAGAAUACUGAAACCUAACUUAUUUUUUUGGAUUGUGUUUGCUAUUGUGAAAGUUUUAGCGAGUGUUGGCUUAUCAUGUCAUCCACACCAAGAACACCUCAUCGUGCUUGCAGGAAACUGACCAUUGCUCGCAUAGCAGCUUGUUUAAACUCACCCCAAGGCUUUGAAUAUAACCUGAGUGAUAAGCAGGUUUUAUCUUCAAAACCGGAUUCUCGUCCAAGACCUCGACGAGCCACAUGUCUUGCUACUUUGAAUUCACCUGUCAGGAAAUUGUCAGCCCUUCACUUAUCUUCACCUCAGAAAACUCCUAAACCAUCUAUGCAAGCCUCCUGUAUCAAGAUAAGGAAGGGAGAUGCCGUAAAUAGAAAGCUUCAACGUAGUUUAAAUGAAAGCGAAGAUUCAUCUGAUGAAGAUUUUAGCCUAACAAAUGAAUCAAGUUUUACUGAGGAUGAAUCUUCAGAUUCUUCAGGAUUUAAUGCUAAGCUGCGAUUUAAAGUUCGGAGUGUAUCGAGAAAGCCUCCAUUGAAGCUGUUUUCUACAAGGAACACUUUGUUUGCAAACAAAAAGAACUCUACGCCCGGUCCUCAAAAGCGUACGCUUAGUCAAGUGCCUGUUUUUAAUUUGGGUUCUAAGAACUCAGAAUAUGGUUGGCUACCUGGUCGUGAACAAGAGUUCGAAAACAUAUACACGUUUAUAUUUAAUAAACUGUCACAGAAUUCUGGUGGGUGUAUGUAUAUAUCUGGUGUCCCCGGUACUGGGAAAACUGCUUCAGUUCAUGCUGUGUUAUCCACAAUGCAUAAAUUGGUUGUUGAUUCUAGUUUAGAAUCUCAGAUACCUGCCUUUCAAGCAAUUUAUGUGAAUGGCAUGCGUGUCAAUGAUCCUAAACAGAUAUACAUGCAAAUAUACGAACAAUUGACUGGUUUAACCGCUACUUCAAAGUGUGCAUCUGAAUUACUAGAAAGAGAGUUCUGUCAUACCGUCAUUAGGAAAACUUCUCAUGGUGAAGAUUCUAAUAAACCUGUUAUUUUGGUCAUUGAUGAGUUGGAUCUACUGUGUACUCGACGACAGGAUAUACUUUAUAGUCUUUUUGAUUGGCCUACAAGACAAAAUAGUCGUCGUACUUUGGUAGUACUUGCAAUAGCUAAUACUAUGGAUUUACCAGAACGUUUACUUCACCCACGUGUGGCUAGUCGUUUGGGCUUAACUAGGCUUACUUUUGCACCCUAUUCUCAUGAACAGCUUACUCGAAUUGUUCGACACCGACUUUCUUCUUUAUCAGACUUGUUUCAACCUCGAGCACUUGAGUUGGCUUCACGUAAAGUAGCUGCUGUCUCGGGUGACGUUCGACGUGCUCUUGAUAUAUGUAAACGAGCUGCAGAGAUUGUUAUAUCAACUGGGAAGUCUAACAAAGAAAUAAACAUGUCUCAUAUCAAUGCUGCUUUGAAAGAAAUGUUUGCCACGACAAAGUGCGAUGCUUUACGCAGUUGUUCAGUGUACGAGAAAUUGUUUCUUCGUGCUGUUAUAGCUGAGUUUCAAGCCCGAUCAACAGAAGAAGCUCGGCUAGACCGGUGCAUUCGUCAAAUGUCAGCACUGUGUCGACUUGAAGGUAUUCUUUCCCCCUCUACAUUGAUGGUGCUCAAUAUUUGCGCGAGUCUAGGAGCUCAUAAGCUGUUGUUAACUGAGAGAUCGCGGUAUGAUAUUGCAAUGCUGUUCGUUUAAACUGCACAAAAUCAGAUGUAUUAUACUGUCUAGGUCAACAACGAAGUAAAUAAAUUUGGAAUAUUUGAUCGAAGUAUUGUAUAUUCUCCUUUUCUUAAAAAUUUUAUAGAUGACGUUUUAGUCCCUUUCAUACAUGAGCUCUUUACCUUACUAUAUUUUUUAAAACUACUUACGUUUGGUUUUAUUUUACAUGAAUUUGCAGUUGUGGUCAUCAGUUUCUGUUUUAUAUUUUGAUACUUCAUCACUUUUUGUCAAUUACUGGGAAAUAUUGAUCACCCUUAACCAAAAUCAUAAUAGUCUGUGCCG